AGUUUGUUUACAAUUCGUGCCGCAUAGAAUCAAUUUAAUAAACAAAGAAGCUAAUAACAACAAACUUAUAUGCUUAACGUCAGUUUUUAAGAAUCAACAUUAGUGUUAGAUGAACUGCAUGUGGAGCAAACAACACGUUCAUUUGAAAACACGCGCAGAGCGCCCACGCUGCUAGCAGAAGCCGAAGGUGUGAAGCUGCCAUGGAGGACUUCAAUAGCAUAAAACCCAAUACGUCGGUGGUGAAGCUAGCCGCCUGCUUGGAGAAGAUCUACAAUAAAAUCGUCGAGUCCAAGGAGAAGCAAUUGCCCGAGCACCAAAUCAAGGAAAUCGAAUUCCUGAAAACCCAAUGCAAGCACGAGCACAUGCAACUCAGCCUGAUGAGCUGUCAGACGCUGGUCCGCCUAGUCGACGAGGCUGUCCUAGAUGCCAACAGUGUGCAGAACACGCUGCUAUCAAUGCUGCCCAAUGCAGGACAAAUGCAUUUUGCAAUUCUAACGGAGACCAUUCUGGGUCUGCAGCUGCUGAGUCUGAAGCGCAGGACUUCGCUGCUGAAGGAUAAGGAGCUGUAUCAGUGUCCUUAUGGGCUGAAGACGCAGCUGCAUCCGCUGAUAUCAUUGAUACAGCACACAAGCGCCAACAUGCACGAUGUCAGUCACAAGAUCAUUGGCAUCUGUCAGCAUCACGAUCAGAGUAUUCGAAAGUACAGCAUUGAGUUUCUGCGUCCCGUCUUCCUCUAUGUGCUGUGCAAUCCGCAGACACUGCAGGACGUCAAGCCCAUGUGGACGUGUCUGCUCGGGCUGAGUUAUAGUCAGCCAGAGGCGCGCGCCCUCAUGCAGGAGUUGCUGUCAUGGAGCAAGUUCACCAAUGCCAGCACCUGCUUGUGCACCAGCAUUCUGGUCAUUGAGGCCCUCGACUAUUUUCUGCAGCAGUCCGACCACGCCCAGUCGGUCGAUCUGUGCAUCUAUCAGGCGCAGCUCAUCAAGCAGCUGGCCCAAUUCGGCAUCGAUCCGCGCCCCAGCCUGCAGUGCCUGCUGCGCGUGUUGCAUGCGACGCGGGAGCACACGCGAAACCACUACCAUGUGCUGCUGGUGCUGCUCGCCGAGUGCCUGCACAUGCUGUCACCCUUCUAUCUGGCCGAUUUGCUGCGCAUUAUUGUGUUUGUGGUGGUGCAGGAGCGCUGUGGCCAUGAAUACAUUCUGAACAUGUGUCUGGACGGCAUCAUUCAGUGGAUGUCUCAGACUGCAUUCAUACCCGCAGAGGGCCUGGCGCUAGCCCAUCAAAUCGUUGACCGCGUGCUCGAACAGCAAAAGCCGCCCCAGGAUGACAACACCGAGUUUGCAACGCCCAUUUGCACCAAGGAGCUGCAGCCGGCACACAUACGCAACUAUCAUCCAGACAUAGCCAUUGCCUUUGAUCUGGCCAAUCUGGUGGAGUCCUUUGACGUUUCUGAAAGCAAGGACGUGUUUGCCUUUGUCGAUGCCUUGAAUGUGAAGGCUAACUCGGCCUUCUGCCAGCGCCUGCAUUUGUUUCUGCGCGCGCUCUUCCUGUCGCGAGAGCCGCCCGUCGACUGCUGGUUCAAGAUCUACGAGGUCAUUCUGCAGAUCAUCAAGGUGAACGAGAGCAUUGCCUAUGACUUCCUCAUGACGUACAUCUUCAAGCUCGCCCACGAGCACAAUCCGGAGCUGCAGCUGGAGCUGCUGCGUGGCCUGGCCAACUUUGCAGUUUCCAAGGAUAACGUGCCCAUGAUACUCAACACCAUUCGCAAUUUGUCGACGGAUAAUGCCACCUUCUGUGUGGAUUUGUAUUUGCGGCUCUGGCGCGUAGAGUCGCGCACAUAUCCCUUCCUGCUGAAGCAAAUCGCACAGCCGCUGCCAGACAACGACAAGCGCUGGGAGCUGGAAAUCGCUCGUACGCAUGCCAUGCGCGAAAUCUGCCAGGAAAAACCCACGCUGCAUGGCUCUGAGCUGCUGCCACAUUUGAGCAACACGCUGAAUAGCUGCAUCGAUGAGUCGGGCGAUCUUGCCACUUCGCUGGCGCUCGACGCCAUCUAUGCGCUGUGCGACAGCCACACUGUGAACAUUGCCUCCACGUGGCAGGCGCUGGGCAGCAAGUUUCGCAACGAGCAGCGUCCACAGACGCUGAAGUCGCUUUAUCACCUGUUUGGACUGGUGCCGUUGCUGCAAACUCCGACGCUGGAGUACGAGAAGCUGGCUGAUGAUGCACUGGAGCAGCUGUGGCAGGCCAUUAGCCGUCCCAAUACGGAUGCCACCCAAGUGCGGCAGGCGCUUGCAGCGCUCAAGAACUAUGAGCCGGGCAACACGCUGUGCCUGCGCCACAUACCGCCGCAGUUUUGCUUUGAGCUUCCGCCGAGUGCAGUUGCAGGCGGUCGUGAAGUGCUCAGUUUUCAGCAGCAUCAGCAGCCGCAGCAGCAGGACACCAUUCCAGGUGAGGUGUGGGUGCAGCUGCUUCAAAAGAUACGACCCGAGUGCGGUGAUGCGGCUGCUGACCUGAUUGCCCACUACAUUGGCAACGAGAUCAGCAGCUUUCGCAGCGGGGUCUAUCGUCUGCCCGAGGGCAAGCCGGAGCCACGCAAGCUGGGGGGACUCUUUCCUUCCAGUGCAUUGCGUGCGGUCAGCAAUUAUCUGGUGAGUCAGGCACGAUUUGGCGACUAUGUGCCAGAACCCUAUGCCGUCACCUAUGCUCUGCGCGCACUGUCCAAACGGUUCACUAAGCCAAUACCACCGAUGGACUGGAGCUGCCUCACCAGCUUCUUCCACUUGUCAUUUGAUGCUCGAAAAUAUUGCAUCAUGAUAGCAAAAAACCAGGCGAUGCACAGCGGCACAGCUCGACGGCUGCUGGAGAAUUUUCUCGCUGACUUUGAGCCCAACUGCUUUGAGGAGGAUCUGCUGCUCCUCUUCUCCCUGCUGCCCGAAAUAGGAAACUGCGUGAGCCUCCAAAUACUGAAGAACUUUGCCGAGAAAGUUGCCGUCUACUGUUUCAAGGAAUCGCAGCUGAAUAACUUUGCGGAAGGCUGUCUGUUUGAGAAGUUCUUGGAUAGUGUGCGAUAUAUAUACACGGACAAGUGUGAGAUACCCGAGGUACUGGAUGUAUUCACGCUUAUUGUUGAGCGCUAUAUGGACUCUAUGGAUCUGGACUCCAGGCUAUUUGAGCGAUACACCGAAGUAGUGUCUGUGCUGCAUCCUAAUGCAAUCGAUGGGUUGACCACGCCUGCCAAUUGGUGGGAAACACCCAUGGGGAAACUAAAGAAGGCAACGAUAAUACGCUGCUAUCUGGUUUUAUAUAACGACAAACUGCCGAAUCCCCUGAAAUGGCUGACGCCCAUAAUCGAUGCCUACGAACGUCGAGCGGAGGAACGUCCCUUUUUCUAUCGUCACCUGGCCACCACACUAUACGCCUUUGCGAGCGAUGAGCAUGCAUGCAACUGGAUUACUGAAAUGUUUCUGGAAAUCCAAAUGAUGCUCGCUGAGUCGUCGAACAAAGAGAAACUCAAUAGGGCGCUAUAUUUACUGGAUAUUUUUAUAUUGGCAGUAGAUGUAUUGUCUGGGUGUGCUGUGCUGCUUGGCUCUGUGGAUGUGGUGGCCACAGACGAUAAGGAACGAUUUGCUCUGUUUCCGGAAAGCCUACAGUACCUCUCUGAUCACAUAUUUUGGAAGGAUCAGGAGGCAAAGAUUUACGAAUUCCUGUAUAAUCUCUAUAAGCAUGCAUCCAUACCGCCAGCGUAUGCUGUCAUUUUUAAAGAAGCAAUUAUUUGUUCGCGCAACAAACCCUACUUUGAUAACAAAGGUGUUUGGACCAAAUACGUGGGUUUGCGUAAAUGAGAGUAAUUCACACCCUACACCGACAAUUACAGAUGUGGCCCACAGCAGAAAGUGCACUUAUUGUUAUAGUUGAAAUAACUUAAAUCCAUUUUUAUAGCUUGUGCGAUAUUUGUUGACUUUAUUAAAAAGAAUUUUUAGCACUA